UAGGCGGGGUUAACAGACGUCAAUGAAAACAUUGUCAAAAUGGCAGCGUCCGGGAGCAACGUGGAUGAAAUUCGGAAUAGAGUCAUUUUACAAGAAUUUGGUGUUCGGAAUGUUCAUACAACUGACUACCCCGGUAAUUACCCGGGCUACGAUGAUGCAUGGAAUAUGCAGAAAUUCCAAAAGAAUUUCAGAAUCAAUAUUGUGGAAAUGGAUGAGACAACCAUGGAAUUCGACAUGGUGGGAAUAGAUGCCGCAAUUGCAAAUGCCUUCCGUAGGAUAAUGCUGGCUGAGGUUCCCACCAUGGCAGUUGAAAAAGUGUAUAUCUACAACAACACAUCUAUUGUACAGGAUGAGAUUCUUGCACACAGACUAGGCCUCAUCCCCAUCAAAGCUGACCCUCGUUUGUUCGAGUACAGAAACAUUGGGGAGGAAGGAGGGGAAGAAGAAGGCACAGAAAUAGACACAAUUCAACUCCAGCUGAAAAUCAAAUGCACUAGGAACCCUAGGGCCCCUAAAGACUCAUCGGACCCCAAGGAGCUGUACCUAAACCAUAUGGUGUACUCCAAGGACAUGACGUGGGUCCCGAUUGGGAACCAGGCUGACGUGUUUGCCGAUGCCAAUAUUGGCCCUGUCCACGGGGACAUCCUGAUAGCACAGCUCCGACCAGGACAGGAACUUGACAUUGUCAUGAGCUGUGUGAAGGGCAUCGGUCAAGACCAUGCAAAGUUCUCACCUGUUGCAACAGCCAGCUACAGGCUCCUCCCUGAGAUCACUCUAAUGGAAACUGUAGAGGGGGAGAAGGCAGAGAGGCUGAAGAGCUGUUUCUCACCUGGUGUAAUUGAAUUGGAAAACUGCAAUGGAAAGGUUAUUGCAAAAGUUGUGAACAGCCGUCCAGACACAUGCAGUAGGGAGGUUCUCAGACAUGAUGACCUCAAGAAUCUUGUAAAGCUGGCCAGAGUGCGGGACCAUUUCAUCUUUUCUGUUGAGUCCACUGGCAUCUUACCUCCAGAUGUUGUGGUCACGGAGGCUGUCAAAGUUCUUAUGAGUAAAUGUCGGAGAUUUCUCAAUGAACUCGACUCAACAGAGGUGGAUUGAAAGCAUAUUCAGUUGGACCAAAUGCAUGUUCAUCAUAUUUCCUGAAAAAGAAUGGAACAUUGGGUUAAUCUGGAGAGUGUCAUGUAAUGUGAUUCAAACUGUUGGAUUUGCUCAAAUUAAAUUGGUGGAAUAGUGAGAAUGCGUUCAAUGCUGAAAUGGAACUUGUACAGUAGUGUUUUUUAUUCAGAUUUGUUUGUCUGGUAUCAAAUUGUAUCAUUUGUCAAGUACAGUCAUGAAAAAUUAUUUACCUGAGUUAUGUUGCCAGAGAUUGCUGCCGUAAAUCUGGAUGAACCUGCUCCAGAUAAUAAUUAAAGCGUGUCAUUGAAAC